ACCGUAACAAACGCAGCCAAAACAGCAUACGACAUAUAUUCCUCUUAUAAAAACACAUCUUUUUGUGUUUCGAUUAUAACAAUAAAAGUACACAACCGUACUAAAAAAUAUUCACUUAUAUUUGUACAGUGACAUUUUAUCUUGAGAUAAAUAAGUUUGUAAAAAAUGGUGAAAAUGAAUGUUGAAAAAACUGCCGAGGAAAGAAGUGAUUCGUUGUACAGAGGAGUAAGGAAGAGGAAGUGGGGAAAAUGGGUGUCGGAAAUCAGACUACCAAACAGCCGCCAAAGAAUAUGGUUAGGUUCUUAUGAUUCUGCUGUUAAAGCCGCGCGUGCAUUUGACGCGGCUAUGUUUUGCUUACGUGGCAGUGGCGCUAAGUUUAAUUUCCCUGAUGAUCCGCCGGAUAUUGCGGGAGGGAGGUCUAUGACACCUUCUCAGAUUCAAGCUGCUGCUGCCCGUUUUGCCAAUUCGGAGCAUCCGAAAGAGUAUUCUGGUCGACCCGAUAAUAAUGCCAUGGAGUCUUCGUGUUCGUCGGAAGUUACUGCAUUGUUGCCUAUGGAAUCGCCGUCUCCGGCUUUAUCCGAUGCGACGGUUCAGAUGGACGGUGAAUUUGCGCAAACCGGGUUAUUUUCGGAGUUGUUUUCGGUUAAUGGGUCGGGUAUUUGUGGACCCGAUUACUCUAAUUUUAUGGGUUUUGAUGAUUUUGGCGGCGAUUUCUAUGUGCCGGAGCUUCCAAAUUAUGAUUAUGGAGAAGAGAAUAUGGAUGGGUUGAUAAUUAACGAUUCCUUCUUGUGGAAUUUCGGAGAAUGAAGGAAUUAUAUAUAAACGGGUCGGGUUACGGAUAGUUUUAUUAUAUCCGAAACUAAUUCCGGAUCAAUGAUUCGGGUUUGGGUUGGUCAAUUUUUUAGGACUAUGCCCUCUCUAAUUUAGUAUUGGUAAUAAUUUUUUAUUUAGCCAUUAUUACGUUUUUUUUAUUUUUUGUGGAUAGGAAUCGUGAAUCACUUGUAAAGUUAUAAGCUUUUGUAACGUUUUGUCAUUCAUUAAAUCAAAGUGGUUCUAAAUA